GCUUUCCACAGACAAAUGGUGUAUCAAACUCUCAAUUAGAAAAAGGUAACUCAUUAUCUUCAAUCACUUAUACAUGUUGUGCAAUGAGAAACAUUUCGUGCAUUACCCAGUAUUAUGUGGAUAGUCUGAAAGACAUCUGAAAGACAUAAUCUCAGGGAAAAUAAAAUCUUCGACGCAAUUUUCCUGGUGACCUUGUGAAAAAAAUUUGCAACAAAUCACCAAAUCGAUUUCAUUUCACCCUUCACCCUUUCACCCUUCAUUCGAUAUAAUGAAAUAAUUUUUACGAGACCAAAUGCGCCAGUGAAUUAAUUUACAACACUUUCUCUGACAUAAAUAAAAUGUUAAUUAAAUGUUAAUUAAGUGUUCCACUCGAUUCGAACUCCAUUUUCCAGGUUUUAUGGAAGCGAAAAAAAAAUCUCGCAUGAGUAAAAAUAAUUGCAUCACCACGCGGUAUUUUUUAUCUCGAAAUCCGAUUGAAUUUGUUGGUAUUAAAAAAUGCUGUUUAUUUUAUUCGUCGUCUAAUACAUAGGGCACGUGGACCGGAAGCCACUAAUGCUCUCAGCCACAAGCCGAGACUGUCAUUAAAACUCGAUUAUACUUGACCACAAAGCCACAUGUAUGAAAUUAAUGAAAAAACUUUUGCAAUCCACUCACAUCCCUCAAUAUUAAUCUCAUUUUUUUGUUUAAUUGCAGAGAUGCUGGUCGGCAUGAUUAACCAAUGAUCUGUCAUCGGUUCAAGAACGUGGGAUGACUAACAUGAGAGUCAUACGAUAAUGUCACAAGUUGGUAACAAGGAUUGUCUCUCACAAAAUCAGAAAAAGAGGGAAUCGAUUGGUAGCAAUGCCUCGAGCUACUUGAUUUUAUUAAAUUCCCUCGCGAGUGAUUUGGACUGUAUGCUAAGUGAGCUCUGCAGUAGCCCGACAGAUCGUUUCAAAAGAAACGAUGUUUUUUUGGAGCCUUACCUGCAGCAACGAAGAACUGUCGAGGAAACCGAUGGAUCACCUCGUACUCCACCCCCAAAUCCCCUCAUGCAGCAGCAAUUGAACCACAUGCACCAUGUAAAUCAGAGCUCGGAGUCCCUGUCGUCUGAAGGUGGCUCAUCAGUCCAGGGUACAUCAACAGCUGACUCAUCUUCCCGAUCAGAUUCAGGAAGUGAAGUUGCCUGUGACAUAACUCUCAUCGAGAGAAUAAUCAGAUCUCAUCCGAUAUGGUUUCUCCCUGGGAUUCAAAGAGCUGGUGCAUUUCACCUUCUUCAGGGAAAGGAGGAGGGAAAUUUCGUUGUCAGACAGUCCAGUCAGAGUGACACAAUGGCACUGUCCGUUCGUCUCCCUUCUGGUAAGGGUCCAUACAUCGAGCAUUACCUCAUUCAAGCCAAUAAAGGGAAGUUGAGCCUUGAAACCAGCGACAAUCGAUUUGAUAACAUUCCUUCGCUCAUUGCGCAUUACGCGCAAUGCUGUGACGAGUUACCUGUUCAACUGACUCUACCUCGAGCAAUGCGAGAUGCCAAGAAUAGACAGCAGCUGUCCUCUCUGGCGCUUUUGGGUCAGGAGUUCUGGAGAUAUCCCAUGGCAAAUCCCAAAUCACCGGAGAGUGCUGGCAGUACGACCAGCAGCAAUGGAUCGAGUCUGACGAGCUUUCAUACCGGAAAUGAUGGACACAGCAAUGGAAAAAAUAUUGUGCUGAACCUCGUGCCCAUAUCUGCUCAUGACUCAACGAGCAUCUCAUCACUGCGAACGUGCACACUGGGUUCUCUCCCUCGUCAGCCUCGUCCAACACCCCCAAACACCCUCAACUUGACCCACCUAAACGAGCCCCUAGAGACUAAAAAGUCCCAGCUGGAGGUAAUCCUCUCAACGGACAAGAAUUGCCACAAGCUAAUCUCACCAAACCUAGUGCAAAGUGUACGACGUCGUUCACCAGUUGUUCACAACGUGGAAAACAACGUACUCAUCCCAACAGAUUCAAAAUCAACGAUAGACUCCAGUAUCCAGGCGAAUUUGAACGAUCCAACUGGACCCAAAGAUCUCGACAUUAAGACAAUCGUUCUUGGCAAUCAGGAGGUCGUUAACAGUCAACCGACGAAAACACCACCACCCCCUCCACCGAGAUGGGCAAAGCCCAGUGUAAGUCAGAGCCAAAGUAAUGUCACUGUUACGACAACAACAGUCAUAACGCUGAAUGUCAAUCAGAAUAAUGGGACACAUUAUUCGGAUAAUGGGGAUAAGAGCAGUAAACCAAAUCACAUUGGCAGGAAUCACAAGUCACCGGUUAUAUCACCGACGUCAAAACUAGUCAGUAAUGAGAAAAAAACUCCCAAUUUGAUGUCACCAGCUACACCAUCGUCAACUAGUAAAUCACGACGCAGAAGGGAUCGUGAGGCUAGGAAAAAUUCACAGCAUUAUCAGGAGUCUGAUAUACUUGAGUCUUACUGUCGAAGCUCACCGGGGGACAAGGUCUCGGAUUAUGAGGACAUAUGGGGGACUAAUGAGAGGUCCGUUAACUCGAGCUGUUGGAGUCCUGAAUCGAGGGUUUUCAGCCCCUCUGAUAGCGGUGUUAGGGAAUCCUUGAGUGGGGAUCGACUCAUGCUGUUGAGGGGUGAUAGGGCGGAUAGGUCCAGGGAGAAACUCAGUUAUAUGGAGAUCACUAGUCCUGAGUUCAGUAGUUUUAAACCUAGUGUGGAGAAUAAGAGCCCCAGAGGUUCAACAUCUCCCGAUGAUUCAAUCGUUCCGCGCCGACCGGAUCUUCUCUCCCGUGUUUGCUCAGCAAAUUCCCUGAACAGCGCAAACAACAGUGCAUCAAAAACAAAAAUGAUGUCCACAAAAUCAGAGAGCAACAGUCCAAUGACACCUGAAUCAAAAUUGAGCAGUCCUUUUUACGCUGAGCCAGCUGAUGCAAUUCAACAAGGAGAAAAGGGCUUAGUAACACGAAGACGUCACAAGAGUUCGUGUUUAUCAAGUAAAUAUCGUCACAGCGAGCCCGGAUGGUUUCAAACUCCAACAGCAAACAGUAUCCAGAUGCACCCGACUGAUUGGUCCCAGUGCGAAGAGACAGAAGACAAGAUACCACUGAUCUCAUCGUCAGUCGAUAAUUUGGCGAAGAGAUUCGCUGCCAAGGAGAAAAAAGUACCCAACAGGGCAAAACCCGUUCAACCACCCAAGGUCAGAGCCAAAAUGUCCACUGAUGCUUCCUGGCCUGUUGACUCCAGUUGGGAAUUCAUUGGAAAUGAGGACGAAGAGGCCAAUGGAGAUGUCAAGGAGAUCAAUGGCGAGGAGAAAUUUAAUGAUAUUGUACAUAAAAAAUACAGGAGCAAGGAGGAAAAUGAUACUGAGGAUGUCGAUGAGUCCAGCACUGGAAAAACUGAGAAUGAUACCGAUUUCGAGUGUGGAUCUGAAACCUCUGCGGAUAUUGCUGUCAGGAAAUUUCCCAGGGAUGAAGCGUUCAGGGGACAGAGCAGUGUUAAUGUCCAGAGUAUCAUUUUUCAAAGAUACCCAGAGUUAUUCAAAUCCACGGACACGAUGAAAUCGAUUCACAGUGACAGAAAUUCCUCCUACGACAACGUUGAGAAACGUCGAGUAAAUGAGAAUGAAUUAUCGGACAGUUACUAUCCCCUUGACUCGGAGACAGUGGACACAGAUGAGAGCGAUCACGAGAGAAUAAAUCGUAAUGUCACCUUUAAAAAUCGUCUGGAUCCACUGCUGGCACCACCAAGACUACAAGCACUCAAGAAUCGGGACGCAGGUGGUAUCGGUACAAGCAUAAGAGCCUAUGCACUUUUGCUCGCCGCUGACAAGACAACAACAUUUUCCCAGAAUAUCGAUAAUUUCAUUCAAUGCACGAUGGAGGGUAAAGAAGCAAGUCCCAAUAUUGUCAUGAGGAAUAUCCGUCAAUUUAUGUCGGGUAUGAAGAAUUAUCUGGUGAAACAUGGUGAGAGAGAGUUCGAGAGGGAAGUUGAGAAGGAGAGGCUCAAACUAAAGCCUAACGAGUUUCUCAAUUUGGACGCCAUUCUCGAGGGUGUCAUGAUGAGACUCGUUGUAAGACCUCUUCGGGAACAUGUUUAUAAACUUUUCGUCGAUCAUUACGGAGCAACUGGAUCUCUCAAGACACUUGUUGAGAGCAUACAAUUUGCCCAGGGAAAGCAUAUUCAGGAAUUUGGUGUUAGAGGAACGAUAACUCCACCAUCUGACGCAAGCCUGAGUUUAAUCCUGAAAUACAUAGAGCACCUGCGGUACUCGGAUUCACCCCUGGAGAAAUUGGAGAAUCUAUUAUCGGCGAUAUCGGCAAUAUUUAAUUCCGUAAAAGAUGCUAAUUCGGAUAGACAUGUGACACUGGGUGCUGAUGAUCUAUUGCCACUUCUCGUGUGGGUCCUGGUGCGAGGUAAAGUGGUGGAUGCGGAAAUUGAAGCGGAAUUCAUGUGGGGUCUCCUCCAUCCGUCUCUUUUGACUGGGGAAGGCGGUUAUUAUCUGACUACAUUAUCCAGUGCUGUGCAUGUGCUAAAGACAUUCAAGAAUAGUCAAGCAACAAUGUCAACGAAUAACGGUCUAACCUUAAGUCCUGACUGUCGUUCUUCUGUACUUAGAGUUCUAAUACCCGAUGAGCUCCAUGGCUCUCUGAACACACGAACACUGCCUGUAAGACCAAAUAUGAAUACACGUGAUAUUUGCCGUAUUCUUGCGCAUAAAAUACGAUGCACUAAUCCCCAAGAUUAUGGUCUCUUCAAAUUAAUUCAGGGAGAAGAAACACUUCUUGGGGAUCACGAAUGCCCCCAGGAGAUGUCACACUGCCUAUUCGCCUUCAAGCGGAUCGAUGCCAAAAUUGCCUGGCCUAAAACAGCCGCAUGAAUCAUGAUUAAUUAUCGGAGGUGAGCAGACCAGAAUCGACGUCUUUGACUCUCUCGAAAUUAUUCAUGACUCUGGACCAAAAUCAUUCUUUCAAAAUCGUCUAGACACCGUCAAAAGUGACACAGAGAAAUCAUUCUAAAUCGACAAUUGUGAGUUUCUCAAAAUACGCAUCAUUCUGGACCAAAAAUUUGUGUCUAGUCUCGUUAUAAAACGAGGAGGUUUUUUUUUAAAAAAAAACUCUCUCACUCGCUGGUUUAACCCCUAUACAAUAAUAAUUAUGCUCAAAGAUGUUUUUAUGGAAAACAAUGAACGAAAUCUCAAUCAAAAUAUUUCCAACGGUCUGUUUUAGAUAGACUCCCUUUUAAAAAUGAAGAAACACAACUUUAAAGAUAAUUUUUAGUAGAAACUCAUUUGGAAAAUACCACUGGACAGAAUAAUCCAGUUUUUUUUAUAUAUAUCUUUGAAUUUUCAAAUUGAUUUGGUGACUCUUGUUAUUGUUCUUGUUAUGAAUUCGAUUAAUUGUAUUAUACGCUCUGUUCGAUGAAUUCACUUGCCCGGUCAUACCCAUUCCACUUUUCCAUUGAAUUCUCAUUAUUCUCAUAAUUUCACUCUCCAUCCGAAUUUACCCACCGCCCUUCAUACUUCAUUCGACUAAAUCAAAAAAAAAAACGAGAAUUACGAUUAUUUAAUCCCCUAAACUUAAGAGUGAACACUUAUUUAUUCCACAAAA